CAAGGAUUUUUAUAAAGUGAACUCUUUCAUACGUUGGUUAUGUGCAAUGCCGAGAUGCUGCAAUGAAAACAAGGCAGUGAGUUCGGUUGGCACCAGUCGAAAACAUAAUACAGAGGAUAUUUUGUUAACACAGAGCCAUUCAUUUUCAAUUGGAAAUCAGUUGGAAUUAGAAGAGGACCCACCAAUUGUUGAAAAAUCACACAGAAGAGUAAGGUGUGAUUUAAGUCCAGUUCCGACAAGUACAAGUACUAAUUUGAAUAUAAAGCUUUUAAGUAUUAAGGGAGAUAGAAACACUCGUCAAGAUCAAGUGGACACUGGAUCUGGUGGGUGCCGAGAACGGAAAAAAGAAGUUAAAAAGAGAGCAGCUAUAGGCAAUACAGUGCGUGGAUUCCUCUCAUCUGGCCACAGCAGGCAGGACAGGUAUGAGACAAAUAGACAACAAUCUUCAGGCGGAAGUGGCCUGUCAAGUUUAUGUCCAAAGCUGGUGGCCAGUGGAGGUGGCAGUAACCAGAGUGGGAUUAGUUUGGCAGUGGGCCACUUAGCCUCACAGGAAGGAGGAGGCCCUUGUUCAGUCGUAACUACUCAAAGGAUUCAUAAUCACACACAUAAUCAUAAACGCCAAAGAAAAUUAUCUAUUGUUUCACAAGCUGGCACUAGUGCUCAUAGUUCUGGGGAUAAAAAGACAUCAAAUUUAAGUCGUUCCUCUGCAAUCUGCAAAAAACAAGUGCGGACACAAAGAACUGAUCAUAACACAGAUUCAUUAUCUAUAACAAGUAACGGAGUCGCCAGUAAUUCACCUUCUUCUAAAAAGAAAGUUUUAUCUGCUUUACGAAUUUCUGAAAAAUCAUCUCGGAAUCUCAAUUCGCCAUCCUUAGAUUAUGAAAAUGAACGCAGUUUUAGUGAUGCAGAGGAAGCUAUUACAGCAACGGAAAAUGUGUUCAAUAUGCCAGGAUCCAGUUCUACACCAUCGACACCAAUUAGUCGAUUAAAGUCAAAAAAAUCGGAUGAAGAUGAAACGAGUAUGGAAUGCAAUAUUAACGAAGAAGGUGCUGAAUCGUCACAGAAUGCAGCAGAUAAAAAAGGGUCAUUAGAUUCUAACGAACAAAGGGCAUCGACAUCAGAAUGUUCAGAAUCCUAUAAAACUUCGAAUAUUACGAGAAAAAUAUCGGCAAAUAGUAUUGAGGAAGAAGCAAGUGCACAGAAUAAACAAAAAGUAGUUUCUACUUCUUCCAUAAGUACAAAAUGCAGCAAUAGUGAAAGCAAAAGUAUAAAACAUAAAAGCAAAUAUGUUGCAGAAAAAAUGAUUGAACAACAGAAUAGUAAAAAUUUAAAAGAAACAAAUAUGGAAAAGAAUACAGAUACAAGCACGUCCAUAGAAACGUCCACAAGUUCAACAGCUAAUAAUAAAAAUAACGAAAAAGCAAAACGAAAAACGUCUAACGAAGGAUCAAAAAUUGCAAAUAUCACAGAAAAUGAAGAUUUAGUUAAAAAUUCUGAGAAAAAUGUGAUUGAUGAUAAAAAAGAUACACGACAAACUGAAAAAGCAGUAAAAAGUUCGAGAUUUGUAACAUCAAAAGUAUCCGAAGAAAUUGUAGACACUGAGGUUAAGGAUAUAGAUCCGCAAAGAGAAGUAGAAGGGGGAGUGACGAUAUAUGACGAAGAUGAUAACGGCACCAGUAUUAGUGAUAUUGUUGCUGCUCAGGCGCUUCAUGAAUCUCUGAGUAAAUUAGGAAAAGUACCACCUUUAGAUGCAGAAAUGGAAAAUGUUAAGGACACAAACGUGCAAAACGAAACCAAAAUGGUAAAAGAAGAAAAAGAAAAGGAAGUCGUACAAGAAGAAACGGUAGAAGGGUUUAUUGGUCCUUUGCUUGAUGAAAAUUUUAAAGCAGAUGAAAAAUUAGCACAGAAAACAAUGGCUAUGGAGGAAGUGCGAAAUUUAUUGUUGAAAGUUAAAGUGCAGACUGUUGAAGACGAUGAUGAUGAAGAAAAGGCUAUAGGUAUAUCACCAGAUGGUAGAUUUUUAAAAUUUGAAGAAGAAAUUGGUAGAGGUAGCUUUAAGACUGUAUAUAGAGGUCUGGAUACUCAAACUGGUGUAGCUGUUGCUUGGUGUGAAUUGCAGGAAAAAAAAUUAAAUAAAACAGAAAGAUUAAGAUUUCGAGAAGAAGCAGAAAUGUUGAAAGGAUUACAACAUCCAAAUAUUGUUAGAUUUUAUGAUUAUUGGGAAGUUACACUUACACGUAGAAAAUACAUUGUGCUAGUCACUGAACUUAUGACAUCAGGAACGUUAAAAACGUAUCUAAGACGUUUCAAAAAAAUUAAUCCAAAAGUAGUAAAAUCUUGGUGUCGACAAAUUUUAAAAGGCCUGAGUUUUUUGCAUUCAAGAUCACCACCAAUUAUUCAUCGAGAUUUAAAGUGUGACAAUAUUUUUAUUACUGGUACAACAGGAAGUGUAAAAAUUGGCGACUUAGGACUUGCUACUCUUAAAAAUCGAAGUUUUGCAAAGAGCGUUAUAGGAACACCCGAAUUUAUGGCACCAGAAAUGUACGAAGAACAUUACGAUGAAUCUGUUGAUGUUUACGCAUUUGGAAUGUGUAUGCUUGAAAUGGCUACUAGUGAAUAUCCAUAUUCAGAAUGUACUGGACCAGCACAAAUAUAUAAGCGCGUAGUAUCGGGUGUUAAACCACAAAGUUACGACAAGGUGGAAAAUCCAGAAGUACGUGAAAUUAUAGAAAUGUGUAUUCGUUUAAAGAAAGAAGAACGGCCCUUAGUUAAAGAUCUGUUAAAUCAUGAAUUUUUUGCGGAUGAUGUUGGUUUAAAAUUAGAAAUGGUUUCAAGAGAUUCAGCUAUAGCGGAUGUCGCUAUAGCGCGUGUCGAAUUCAGACUUCGAGUGUUAGAUCCUAAGAAACGUACUAACAAACAUAAGGAGAAUGAAGCAAUACAGUUUGACUUUGAUAUUCAGGCUGAUAAUGCAGAAGAAGUAGCCUCAGAAAUGGCUAAAUCUAGCCUUAUACUUGAAGAAGAUGUUAAAGCUGUAACAAAAAUGUUAAAAUCACAAAUUACUACGUUACUACGGGAAAGAGAAGAACGUAAAGCCAAAGAAGAAAAAGAACGUUUAGAUCGUGAAGCUGACAGCGCUAAUACAACUAAUGAAAAUCUGUUACAGCAACAAUUAUUGCUUCAGCAAAUGCAAUUACAACAGCAACAACAAAUGCAAUCGAACAUGGGCAUUCAAAUGCAAGGCCAAGUACAAAUGCAGUUGCAGCAAAAUCAAAUACCAUUGCAACCACAACAACAAAUGCAAACUACUGCACAACAAACCCAGCAGCAUAAUUUACAACCACAACAAGUUCAAUUAGUUCAGCAACAACCAUUAAUGCAACAACAAACAUCUGUUGUUCAACCACAGCAAGCACAACAAAUGCAACAAGUAUCUCAGGUUUCACAACAGCAGGUGCAGUAUCAACAACAGCAAUACCAGCAGCAAUUACAACAACAAUAUCAACAGCAGCAGCAACAACAACAAUUUUCUCAACAUGUUUCGCAAAAUUUAACUGCUACUUCUUCGCAAUGUUCUACUCCUCAGACUGUGCAGACACAGCCGCAGUUUCCUCAAGUAACUCAACAAAUACAACAACAGCAACAUUUGCAUCAACAACAACAGUACAUACAAUUGAAUCAAAUGAAUGUACCGCAACAAAUGAGUCAUCAGAUACAACAACAAAUACAACCACAGAUACAAAUGUUAUCGCAACCGCAACAUAUGCAUCAGCAAAUACAGCAAUCUCAACAAGUGCAAUAUUCUCAACCACAAAUACAGCAUGUUCAACAAGUACAUUCACAUUCAGUGGGUUCUCCAUCAGUUCAAAAUCAACAAUACUAUCAACAAAAUACAACAGGAACUUCAACGUACAAUACACAACCUAUGUACCAGCAAAAUAUAUCUCAACAAAUGUAUCAUUCAUAUACUAGUUCGAAUUCUUCUGGUCAUGUCGAGAUUUUAUCAUCUAACCAGCCUGCAGCCCAAAUGUAUUCUCACCCUACUAUAUCCCAAAACACAGCACCAUCAACGUCACAGCCUUAUAUACAACAACAAACAGGUCAAGUUCAAACAUCUGCUGUACCAUCUAGUAUGAAUAUUCAGAGUACAUCAUCGGCGACUCAUAUACAAAAUACGGCAACUUCAACAAUUCCAAAUAUGCAAAAUGCAUCUACGCUUAUUUCAAAUAGUGGGCAUCAGUCUCAACCUCAACAGAAUGUUUUAGUUCAGAUGCAAUAUUCGCAAAAUUCUAACAUCCCUACCUCCGUACCCAUAUCAUCUGGGAUUUCUGCGCAAUCAACAGCAACAUCCCAGCAUCAACAGCAUUUCAUCUCAAAUACAGAUCAGUGUUCUAAUACAGAUAGAUCAUCUCUAUCUAAACAGGAUACAAUGGAUUCUGUUCAAUCUUUACCAACAGACAUACCAUCUAAUAUUCAAGAUCAAGGAAAUGUCUCUAAUUUGACUAAUGUAAGCGCUACAUCUCAAGCAGCAGUGCCAAAUGAAGGUAUAACUCAAGAAAAUACUGAAAAUAUUGCUGCAUCUGAAAGAUCUAAAGUGAAAAGAUCUGGUACGAAACGUAAAAAGCCUGGUAUUAAAUUAACAGUUUUAUCUGUAAGCAGUAGUGAGGGACAAUCAAUGACUGUUGAAUGUCAAUUAGAUACCAGCAAACAAAAAACUGUAACAUUUAAAUUUGACAGAGAUGAUAUGGUGCCUACUGAUAUUGCUAACAAUUUGGUUGCCGAAAAUUUAUUACCACAAUCUCAAUGUGAAACGUUUGUUGAAUUAAUAGAAGAUAUCGUUAAACAAUUGCGUUUAGAUCCAACACGAACUUUGCCAUUAGUAGCUCAUGGUCCACCAGAUCAAUCUGCUGGUGGUAGUCCAGUUACUAGUCGUCGACCUAGAGAUCGUGACCACAGUCUUGAUACAGCUAAGGUGAGACAUGGCUCGCUAACUCGUCAAAGCAGCCACCGAUCGUCGUACAAAGUCCAUCGUAGACACCGUUCGAGAGACGAAACUUCCAAUACUUCCACACCUACAAAAUUACUACCGAUUGACCAAAUUCUUUCUCAUAUUACGGGCACCACCUCUAUGGAUAAACAACAAAAUGUACAAACGCCUGAUAGUCAGAUGGGUCCUGAAAAUACAUCAGCUGAAGCAUCUAGAAGGUCAUCAACCUCCACACAAAAUACAGAUACCUUAACACCAACUAAUUUACCAAGUGAUCCAACUGAUCCAACUCAAGAAACUAUAGUUUCGGUAACAACUACGGACACAGUCUUAGACGCUCAUUACUUACUUAAAGAUGAAAGCGUUAAAUCAUAUCAAUGUUCGACAACGUACACUCAAAGUCAAAUAUAUGAUCCAGUUAUAAAUCAAAGCAGUGAAAAAUGUAAAGAAUCUCCAGUUCAAGAUAUAAUGGAACAAGAAAAAGAAACGAAUAAAGAAACUCAACCCGAUGCUUCAGCUGUUGAAGUAACUACAUUAACUGCGCCGCCGCCAACACGAAAAAUCUCUCGUUUCUUAGUUAGUCCUGUAGUCGAACAGAAAAUCGUUACAAGCGAAGAAGAAGGAUCUAGUACUGUAGAAAGUACAGACAAAUCUAACAUGUUGAUGACACAGUCAAAUUCCUUAUCGCAACCAAAUAUUGUUGAUGAGGGCCAAGUAAAACGUGAUGAUUUAGAGGUGAAUAUUUUAGAGGCACAAGCUGUAACUCCUGAGAAAUCUGGUAUCGAAACCAUGACACAAAGUUCUCAAUGUGUCACAGAACAAAUAGAAAAUGUUCAAACAAUACAACCAGUACAGCAAACAAUUAAUCUUCAAAAUGCUGUACAAGGUCAAACAGUACCAUCCAUGUCUCAAAUGCAACAAAAUGUUAAUACUAUGCAAUCUAGUCAACACAGUAUAAUCAUUCAAGGAUCAACUAUGCCACAUCAGUCAUCUCAACAGGUACAAACUGUACCUCAAAAUGUAGUCAUGACGCAAAAAGAUCUACAAACCCAAGUUUCAUCAAGUGGAAUCAAUUUACAAGGACAGUAUCAAAAUCAACCUACACAAUGUAAUGUUCUAUUACAACAACAACAAAUUACUGUACAACAAAAUUUAGCUCAAAUGCAUAUGCAGCCUGAACAUCAACCUCAGGGACAAAUACAAACACAGCGACCAUUGCAACAAUUUCAUCCUCAGCAAAUACCGCAACAACAUCAACAAUAUGUAAUACUUUCUGGACCUAUUCCACAAUUGCAACCAACUGCAAUUAUAGAUGAAAGAAACCGUAGAAUUUCCAAUAUUUCUACAACAUCAAAUAUGUCCACAGAUUCUCAAAUUUCAGAAACUGCUAAUGCUACAGAUGAUAAGAAACAAUCUAUGAUCAUACCUAAUUCAUCAAUGUCUCAAGUGCAGCAUAUUCAAUUUAUUUCUCAACAAGAUGGUUCAAAUAUUACACCUUUAUCGCAGACUGUUCUGGAACCAGUCCAACAGCUUCAAACAGCUCCUCAAAAUACAGUGAAUGUUCCAGCAAACGUAUCUGUUCCUGUUUCAGUUCCUGUACAUCAAGUUGUUACUGCAGAAGUUGCUCCUAAAGUUAUGCUUAAGACAAAAGAAGUUUCAUCUACGCUUCCAGAUUUAGCACAAAAUCUAGCAAAUAUACUUUCAAAUCCAAAAUCAAAAUCUGUAACUCCUCAUAAUUUAACCACUCAUGAGUCAAAUCAAACUGUAAAUAUCUCAGGUACUACAGUACUCGAAUAUAAACCUACUCUUCAGCCUGAACAAUAUUUUCAACCUAUUCAACCAGAAGCAAGUCAAAUACAAAUACAAUCACAAUUGUCGCAAAAUUAUCAAACGAAUAUACAGCAAGGAAUUCCACAAACAUUUCAAAUUAGUCAACAUACUCAUCAAGCUCAAGUACCUUUGCAACAAACAAUGCAACUGAAUACAACUCAUCAGAUGGAUCCUCAGUUGCAAAUAGCACAACAAAAUUUUCAAGGAGUAACGAUUCAUACAUUAAGCUCACAAAGUAAAUGGAUUACUCCUGUGAAUCAAAAUAUUGUACAACAAACUGCACCUAUCAGACACAGUCAGCAGACUCAAUCACAAUUGCAACAAACUAUUCUACAACAUGUUAUACAAGAUACUCAAAAUGUGGAAAAUUUUACUUCUUCCGAUAAAACAGAAACUCAAGAAGGAAGCAAUUUAGUUGGGCGUACAAGUUCAGAAUAUCCUUUACUAUCGGAAAUCGAAAACUCUAGCCAUGAUAUAACUCCUGAACAUACAAUUGUUGAGUCUGUAGAUUCAGCAUUAUUUACACAAAAUCAAAUAUUGCAACAACAACAACAACAACAACAACAGCAACAGCAUCGAAAACUUAGUCAGCAGAAUUCUUUAGAUAAAGUCUCAGACACGACUACUGGAACUAGUGUUCCAGGAGGAACAGGUCCACAAACAAUAGCAGAUCUCCAUCAAAAACUUGUUCAAUUAACAAGUCAACCGUCCGAAGCAUUAAACGUAGGCACACCGCCUAUAAGUUAUCCAGCUACUCCCCAUAAUCAUCAGAUAAUAGGUGGAUAUGAUGCUUAUAUGCACUCUUUACAACAAAAACUUGUUAAUAUUGGUAUGCCAAUUUCCACUACACAUGGUAUAGGACCUUUGUCACCUCAGACUACAAUACAGACUACUACAACUUUAUCUGAUUCAAAUGUUACAACAAGUGUUGAAAGCUCUGUUUUAACCCAAGAAAGUGCAAUUCAUCAACUUGCACUUUCUCAAACUCACGUUGAUUGCUCUCUCGAUAGUCCAACGCCAGGAGGUGGUCCUGUAGGAUCUGAAACUAUGAGCCCUAGUAAAGAAAGCAUAAAAGUUCGAACACAAAGACCAGGAUCUCGUCUUCAAGAAUUAGAACAAGAAUUAGCAAAAAUUCAUCACAGGGGCUCGAUUCUACCAACUGCUUCUCCACAACCUGUAACACCACCUGUUUCUGUUGUUGGUUCUAUUCAAGUGCAACCACCAUUACAAGCUACUCAAAGUUUAUUAACCACUGUUCCUUCUGUAACUGCUAUACCUAUUGCUACUGUUACUCCCAGUGUCAAUACAUCAUGCUCUGAUACAAACACUCCAGUGCAAAUAGAAUCUCAAGAAAAUACUUCUGAGAAGGUUAGUACGACACAACCUGUUAGAAAAAUAUCAAGAUUCGUAGUUUCCAAGGUCGCAGGUCCUCCUGGCAAUGCUGGUACAUCAACUCAACAACAGACCGAUAUAUCAAAAAAUCAAAUAGAGGAUUCAAAAAUUUAUCAUACAGAUGACAUACAGGGUACAUCAGUACAAAUAAUUCAUAGUCGUGAGGGUUCGCUUCCACCUACACAAGUUAGUCAAUCUGUUAGUAUACCUACUGUAGAAUCGGAAAAAGAUGAAAGAUUUUGGACAUUAACCCCAAGUGAAGAAUAUCAAUUGCUUAUAAAAAAGCAAACUAUGGAAUUAGAAACACUACAAAGAAGACAUAGAGAAGAAUUGGAACGAUUUCAACAGCAUCAAUUGCAGCUAUUAAUUCAACAGCAACAGCAAGCAAGUGCACUUCAUCAACACCAUCAUCAGCACCAUCCAGUGCUUUAUCAUACCGUUGCAACUAGUGUAGCAGGACAAAGUAGACUUCCAGGUCCAGAAGAUUAUUUAAUGUUUAAUACAACGCCUCAAACUCCUUUGCAAAAAGCUCCAAGUAAUUAUCCAGAUACCGAUGAAACAUUACGAUUAGCUAUGCAGAAAUUGAAACAAACUCCUUUGCAACUACAACCACCUCAGGCAACAGCUGGAAUACCACAUGCUUAUGUUAUUCCAAUUCCAGUAGUGCCUUCUGAGACUAUGCAAAAUGUGUCUACUCAACAAUCUAGUAAUUAUACGAGUGAUGUAACAGAAUCUCUUGAUCCAACACAUAAUCCGGCAAUUAUAAAUUCAGCGCAAUAUCAGUUCACACCUAUAUUACCAGAUGGUACGAAUAUGGCAGUGUCCUCCGCUGGAUCAUUAGUUACACCUAUACCAGUAUCAACAGGAAGUGGUUACAUCCAGUAUCACGAAAAUCAAACAUUACCAAAUUUUCAAACAUUUAGCUGUACACCACAUGGGGGUUUCUUCUUACCAGCUGGCUAUCGACUAAUAUAUGCUCCGUCUAGUGGAACAUCUCAGUCUCAGCCAGCUACACCAGCUACACCACAUGUAGGCAAUUCUCAUGACGGUACACCGCCAGCAGAACCUUUGCACGCUGCAAAUGUUGACAAUUCAACAGCUCCUCCUUCUCACAUCGAUCAAUAACGUAAUCUUCAGCAAGUUAUGGUCUAUAUUUUCCAAUUUAUUCAUUUCCGUAAUACAUUCUUUAUUUAAACUUGUUGCCCUUUAUCCACUAGUAUGAGAAUCAUGCAUUAUUACAAUUGUUAUUCUAUUAUAGUUUUGCUAAUAUGUAUUGCUACCCUCGUCCUCGUGGAUAUGUAUGCGGGGAAGCACGAAUGAAAGUAUUUAGAAUGUAUUCGUUAUUGUAACAUCCGUAUGUAAUUGCUAAAAUAUUCUCGUUGUCUACGUGUGAGCAUAAUAUUAAUCAUUUGAUAUGUGCCUCACAACAUAAAUAAAACACUCGAUUCGUACACAGAGAAUAUUUUAAAUGAAUGAAUUAAGUUUCUGGAUGAAAGAAAAAAAGGAAGAAAAAGAAAUAAGAUAUUGAAAUUGAGGAUAGAGGCCUUUACAUGUACUGUGCUUAUACCUUAUUGUAGUAAAUAUUCUUCUUUAGUGAAAAUGCUUAUUAAAAGACCUUUUAUGCUCUCAAUUCAUUGAUAGCACAGUCCACAUUAGUACAGGCCUCAGCUAGUCUUAUAAAUGAUAUGGUGUACAGCCAUUCUGCUCGAUGUAUAUGUAUAACUGUUAAUGUAUACUGAAUGCUUUAAAGAGAGAAUGUAUGUUGUGCGUGCAUGUAUGCGAUUGCUGAAGUCAAGCAGAGAAGAAAUAUGAUUAAUAUAGUCACUGUUAUGCUUUAAUGUAUUUCUAGCGAUUUUACCUACUUCAAUUAAAAAACAAGUCAUGUGUUA